AUGGAAGAUUAUUAUUAUUCAAGAAGCCAUGUACCCGCAUUUGGAAGCUGGGACUGGAACAGUGACCUGCCUUUCACUCAGUGCUUCGAAUCAGCUAGGCAAGCAGGGCUGCUUCGUUACAGUUACUCAGAAGAUCGUGAUCUGUAUGUUGCUGGUGAUUUGUAUGAGAAUGAUGUUGUCACUCCCGCCAUGAUUGUUGUUCCUCGCCGAAGGGCAAAAGUACGUAGCCCUCGUGCCAAAGAAGAGAAAAGGCAGCAAAGUUGGGAGGUCACGAAUGAUGUAAAGGAACCACCAAGUCCACCUCCUACAGCCAGGCCAAAACCUAAGCCAGUUGAUGAGGACUUGUAUAAAAUCCCACCAGAGCUCCUUUGUGCAAAACCCAAAAAGGCAGGCCUCUUCGCAUUCCUUUUCUUAUAUUAG